UAUUUGAAAGUGAUCCUCUUUGUAUCCAGCUGGCUCUUGGUCAAGCACCCCAAAAAUUGUUCAUCAGUCCGGAAAAAGCCUUAAACCUCCUAAAAACCUUUCUCAACUUAUCUCUCAAGUAGCGAAAAGAAAUCCACCUCUUCGACAACAAAAAAGAAGUUGUUGCGCAAGCUGUUAUAAACGAAAGAUGUAUCACAGAAACAGUCUUUCAGCCAGAGGUCUCACAAGGUCGUUAGUCCAGCUGGUUUCUGCGGCUAGGCCGACGUCAUUUCCUCAGGUUCAGCCGCAAGCGAUUAUCAACAAAUCCAAUAAGGUCCUCUUCUCGCGCACUUUCUUUGACCUGCCCUCCUUUCCACCAUCGAAACCAAGUGAGAGCGAAGUGCAAAGCGUCGAAGACUUGUAUGCCAAGGAUAGACUAUUCUCCAAGAAGGGAGACCUGCUAGUUUACAAGGAAACCAAGCGGCUUCCCUACACCAAGGAACAGCUCUACGGUGUGAUCGCAGAUGUGGAGGCCUAUCCUCAGUUCGUGCCUUUCUGUACGGGGUCCAACGUUUAUUCGGUCGAAACACUUGGCGACUCUUCAUCCUCAGAACGCCCAAAGGACAAUCGAGCUAGGCCCUGGUUAGAAGGUGGAUAUUCUGGGGAAAUUCAUUUGCUUCAAAAAGAACUUUCCGUGGGCUUCAAGGGCAUUGAGGAAAAGUACAUCAGUCAUGUAGAGUGUCGAAAAUGGGACACAGUUAAAGCCACCGCGAGUAACUCGAAACUGUUCAAACAUUUAACUUCGACUUGGACAUUCAAGAGUCCAGCAGAGAUCUCGUUCCCUCAGUCAGUCUUGCAGACAAACGACCCGUCUUCAAGUAACUCGACCUAUAUUUCUCUUCACCUCGCUUUCGCCUUCGCUAGUCCAGUGCAUGCUGCUAUCAGUGAACUAUUCUGGAAAGCCGUCAGCGAGCGCAUGGUCUCAUCAUUCGAAGCCAGAGUUCGACAAGUGCAUGGUAGACCAACUCAAAAAUGCUAAAAGGAAAUAGUCCAUUCAAGUUUUUCAUCGUACAUUUCUGAGGUGUAGCUUUAGAACUUAGCUACCUAAGCCAGCCGCUGUGUUAAAU